AUGCAAAGUGGGGAGCAUGUCGAGGAUGACGCAGGUGCUCGACCAAGUGGAUACGUUCCCAGCGGAGCGACUGGUACCACUGCGGUCAGAGAACAGCUGGCUGUUGUGAAAAAGGAACUUGACUUCAUCUCUCAGCAGCUGAGGGGUCCAGGUGGACAAGUUCAGAGAAUAGAUCUCCAGGAAGUUGAGCGUCUAGUGAGACACCUCGAGGUCGAUCGGGGUGAGCUUGCGAAGCGCUGCCAGCGCCUGGCAGAGGAGAACCAGGACCUGAUGGAGGCUAAUCGUCAUCUAGAGGUGGACCUUGCUGAAGCUCGGCGAGAGCUAGACGAUACAAGAAGGCAACUGAAGCAUCAGCAAAUUGACCUUCAGAUGAAAGAAGGUAGCUCUGAGCGGCCAUGUGCAGAUGCAGAGCAGCCUUCCGCAGAAGAACGCCUCACACAGGAGUCCUUAGAGGCGCUCCAAGCUGCCAUGGGUGCAAGUUCUGAACCCUCCAGGCACAUGUCCAGGAGUGAGCUCAUUCGAGCACUUCGCGCAACGCAGGAAGAGCUUGCGGUGCAACGAGCUCGGAAUCAAAAGCUGGAGCAUCGCAGGAUGCUAGAUGGCCAUCGGUGUGAGGUCCUCGCAGAUGCAGCUGAGCGGCAGAGACUGGAGCUCACGGCCAUGCGGCUCGGCAAGCAGCGGAAACUUGCCGCGCAUCCUCAGACUGUGCACAAGCCCAAGAUGCUUCAUCAUUUGGCGCACACCAUGCCAGUCAGUCGCGAGGUCAAACCAUGGGCUGGAGGAGAGGCAUUCGGAGUCCCGAGAUCCAAUUCA